AGUACUUCCCUUUCCUGUGUGACUUUUCCUCUCCCCAUUCUGUUUCCACAGCAAUCAGGACUUUAUGAGUAUAAAAUCUUUGGUGGUCUUGCUGACUGUCCCCCAAAACUGUGUGUGGAUGUCUAUAUGGAUUUAGAUUUCCGAAAACAGUGGGAUCAGUAUGUUAAAGAACUGUAUGAGAAGACAUCUGAUGGUGAAAAAGUCAUCUACUGGGAAGUGAAAUACCCUUUUCCUCUCUCAAACAGAGAUUAUGUCUAUAUUCGUGAAUGUCGAGAGAUGGAUGUUGAUGGACGGAAGAUCUGGGUUGUGUUAGCUCAAAGCGUGUCUGUUCCUCAGUGCCCUGAAAAGCCUGGUAUUAUCAGAGUUAAAAGCUAUAAACAAAGUCUGGCAAUUGAAAGUGAUGGCAAGACUGGAUCUAAAGUCUAUAUGUACUAUUUUGAUAAUCCUGGUGGCAUGAUUCCGUCGUGGCUGGUCAAUUGGGCUGCCAAGAGUGGUGUGCCUACUUUCUUGAAGGAUAUGCAGAAAGCUUGCCGUAAUUAUUCUAAGAGCACAUAGGUCAAAGCUGAUCUGAAUUAUUUAAUUCCUAGAGCUCUACACUUACAGGAGUGGCUAUUAUAUAUUACACUGGAUAAAAGCUACCUCU